UUGUUUGCCUUCCAAGUAAAUAAGUCCUCACAGGAGCAGUUAGAUGAAGAAUACGAUGCUGAAAUAGAAGGAUUUGCCGAGACUGGUGGUUUGGAAGAAAAUCGGGCUCUGAGAGAGGAUAUGGAAGAGGAAAUGGAAGAAGAUUUUACUGAAGAAGAGGGUGAAGAAGAGGAAGAAGAAGUCGUUGAGACUUCAGUAGGUGGUGAAGAUGAGGAGAGCGAAAAUUCCGAGGGGGAGGAGGAAGAAGAAGAGGAGGAUCCAAGUAGAUCUUUAAAUCGAAAUCUUGGAGUGACAAGCUAUUAUUGUCCAGUGGCGUUACAUGAGCAUCGAGUUCUCAAACCAGGUGAUCCGGACAUUGUUGCUACUUAUAAAGAUCGGGUUUACUACUUUGACACUGAAGAAAGUAUGUCUAAAUUUAUUGACAAUCCGGAGAAAUAUGUUCACGAGGACAGUGGACCACCUUUAAUGAAUAUUCCACCACUUAGAAUAGCCAUCAUUGGACCAACAGGAUCUGGUAAAACGCUUCAUGGGCGUCAAAUGGCUAACCAAUUUGAUCUCGUUCACGUGAGCUUCCAUCAGUUGCUUCAGGACGUGAUGAUGAUGUCGAAAUUAAAAUCAAGAAUUGGUCCAGAAUAUGCGGAUGAUGUGGAAAUUCCUGUCAAAGUCAUGCCGAAUCUCGAAGAGGAAGUCAAGAAAGCCUUGGAAAAGUUGGAGAAUCCUGAUGCCGCAUCGGAAUUAAAAUCUGCUCCGAAAAAUGACGAAAUUGCACUUAGUGAAAGUGGAUCGAAUUUGGAAGACCUUUCCCCUCAUGAGAUUGCCAUUCGAAAUUAUCUUGAGAAUGAUGAACCACUCCCCAAAGAUUCAUUGAAUAAUCUUCUUUUACCCCUAUGGAAGCAGGAGCCCUACUGUUCCAAGGGUUUCGUUCUAGAGGGUUUCCCUCAAACGGCGGAAGAUGUUAAUUUUAUGCUGGAGAAUAACCUACUUGUUGAUUUUGUAAUUGAUCUGAGUGCAGAAGCAGCAGACGUAGUGCCUCGGUUACUGCCAAUCCGUUUCAUGAAAUGGAAAGUAAAAAUGGAGAAAAUUUUGAAAAACAAGAGAAUUGCUGCUGAAUGGGAGGCGGAGAAGAGAAGGCGAAUUAGGGAGGAAAGGAGAAAAAUUCUUGCUGAAAAACAAAAGGAGAGGAGGCUUUUUCAAACAGCAAGCCAAUCGAGAGAUGGUUUGGAGAAUGAUGACAAUGAAAUAAGCACGGAAGUGGAAUCAGACAGCCAAACGAACAUAUCUGAAGCAUUGGAGGAGGAACUUGCGGAGGAAGAAGAAAUUGAAGAAGAUGAGGAGGAAACAGAUUCAGAGGCCAAACUACGAUUAGAAGAGGAGAUUACUGAAAGGGUGGAGAAGGAAAACGAGGGUAUUCAGGAAGUCAUAGACGCUCUCAUUGAAGCCAAAAUCCCGCAUUUCAACAUACUUGCCGAUGACCAGUUAACUAGAGUUCGGUACCGGCUGAUUAGGAAAAUAAAAAAAUAUAUUUUGAACCGAUCGGCGAUUUUUGAGCGAGUUUAUUCAGUCACAUUGGAGGAGGCUGAAAAUCUGAUUGCAAGUGGUUUCAAGCACUUCUCACCCUUUGGCCGAUAUUGUCCCGUCUCUUGGAGCCGUGUUACCUCCGCGCGUCUACCACCACUAAACCCUCUGCCACCUCUUCGAUACUCUUAUAUAAAUCCGAAGCUCUUGGAAUACCAAAUGGGCGAUGAUAUUGUUCCAAAUAAUAAUAGUGGCAAGAAGUCGAAGACAGCAGCUGAUCCUGUUAAAGUGUGCGCUGCUGUGUAUCGAGAAUGUGUAUAUUGGUUCAAUUCCGAUGAGGAGAGAAAGCAGUUUUCAUCCAAUCCAAUAGCGUUUAUAAAGGCUGCCGGUGACAUGACAAAAACUCUGAACCACCAGCCAAUACAAGUAGCGAUUAUUGGAGAUCCUGACACUGAAAGAGAGCAGUUCAGCCAACAACUUGCGAAGAACUUGAGAAUCCCCUAUAUCACUCCCGCCAAGGCUAUUGAAUGGCUCCUCCGAUCUAAUAAUCAUAGUGUCACUCAACUAGCCAAAAAAAUCUACAAAUGUAUUAAGAGCGAUUCAAAUUUGCCUGAUGAGCUCAUAAUUGAGGCUCUCAGCGUUGCUCUUCUUUCUCCUCAGGUUCAAGCCAGGGGGUACAUUUUAGAUAAUUUUCCCUUGACAAAAGAACAGUCGAAAUUGUUAAUGGCUACAUCCUUCAGACCGAUGCUUGUCCUGGAUUUGCAUAACGAUCAAUGCCAUCACCCAGCGGGUGAUAUGAACUGGUUGGAAAAUAUUAACAAUGAGGAACCAUCCGAUUGUCCUUUCCUUAAAAUCUGGCUGAAAAAACACAAUCGUCAGGCUGACGGCGCUGGAAUAGUAGGGCGAGGAGGACCUUCUACAUCAGCUGAUGCUAAUCGAAGAUUUCGAGAUUAUAAAGAAUAUGAAAGUGAUUCGGGAAAAUCUGGGCGAUCUGGUAAGGCAGGGAAAUCUAAAAAAGAUAAAAAGGGUGGGAGUAUUGGUUCCGAUAAAUCAGAUUAUGAUGAAUUUGGAAAUAAAAUACGAGGUCGUAAAUCAGGUAGUGGUAGACAGAAAGGAAAAUCUGAAGGCAGAGAUGAUGCCAAAGAUUCUAAGCAUCGUGGCUUCAAACGACUUGGUUCUGCUGAUAAGCAAUCAAGAACUGGCUUUGACAAAGAUGGUUCCAAAAGUCGCUAUGGACGAAAGCAUCGUGAAUCUGAAGACUCUAUUGCUGACGACGCUAGAAAUAGAAGACAUAAGCAUGGGCCGGAUGGAAAACGUGAUUCCUCUUAUGAGAAUUCUCAAGAUAGAGGCUACGGUGGUGGGAAAAAGCGCGGGAAAUAUAAAGAUGACAAAGAAUAUUCUGACCUUAACAGAACAGACAAGUUAGGUCAAAAAGGUUCAAGAAGGCCUGGAUAUGAUGAGACGAAGAAAGGUAUUGCUGGUUCUAAAAGACGUGAACUAAGACGUCGAAACGGCAGUCUGUCCUCUCAAGACGACUCAGACGCCAAUGGAGGAAGAAAAAGACGACACAGAGGAAGACGUUUAUCCUCUCAAGACGAUUCAGACGAAAAUGGAGGAAGAAAAGGACGACAUAGAGACAGAAGUUCAUCCUCUCAAGAUGAUUCAGAUGAAAAUGGUGGAAGAAAAAGACGACAUAGAGACAGACGUUUAUCCUCCCAAGACGACUCAGACGCCAAUGGAGGAAGAAAAAGACGACACAAAGGCAGACGUUUAUCCUCUCAAGAUGAUUCAGACGAAAUCGGAGGAAGGAAAAGACGGCACAGAGGCAGACGUUUAUCCUCUCAUGAUGAUUCAGAUGAAAAUGGAGUAGGAAAAGGACGACAUAGAGACAGACGUUUAUCCUCUCAAGACGAUUCAGAUGAAAAUGGACGAAGAAGGAGACGACAUAGGGGCAAACGUCUAUCCAGCAGUGCAUCUUCUGACACCACUUUUCAAAAAAAGGGAAAAAGAAGCGGCCGGCGUAAAAGGAAUAAGGACGUUUCUGAAAGUAGUAGUUCCAGUGAAUCAGGUCAAGAUGGCGGACCAAAACGUAAUAGACGCCUUCGACGAAGUAGUAGCAGUGAGUUAGGUAGAAGAAAGAAACGAAGAGGACGUGAGGACUCUUCUAGCAGUGAAUCAACUCUUGACUCAGAUGGCGAACCCAGUAGAUACAGAGGUCGAAAACGUGGGCAUCAAGGAGAAAGCGAUUCCUCUUCUGAUGAUUUCAGUGGAAAAGCGAAGCGUCAUAGCAAAAAAAGAGGUGACAGGAACAGCGGUGACUCUUCGUACAGCGAAAGUACCACAUCUGAUGAACAUACAUCGAGCUUCGAAGAAGAAGCAGAAAGUGAACGCGUAGAAAUAGAUAGAAAUAAAUAUCGAUUUAGUGACGAAAUCAGUUCAAGUUACGACAGUGAAGACAACACAAGCUCUGACAGAAGCAGUAGAAGAUCUUCAAAGAAUCUCUCUAUCCUUAGAAGGCUAGGCAACAAUUUUGUGAGACCUGUUGGAGCUCAAUCAGAGAAGGAAGUGCGUGAAUUGCUUAAAAACUUUAAUGGGCUACUUGUUGAUCAUUACUCAGAAGGAAAUGUGCCUACUUCAUUUCGUAAAGCUCUUCUUGUCAUGACUCAUCGUAUGGCUCAUUUCAUGGAAAAUGAGGCAAAUAAAAAACAAAAUAAACCGAUAAACAUUUCCGAGAUCGGAAUGGGAAUGAAAGAAUUUGAAGAUAAAUUAGGUGAAUUUGGUCAGUUCUGCCCAGUUAAAUUAGGAGAAAACGAUGAAUUGUUUGAUUGCAAAGAAGAACAAAUAGCGCCUUUAGUAAAUAGACUUCCAGGGCCUAAAGCCUUACUUCCAAAUGUCAAUUACACAAGUGCUCUCCAAUCAAACACAACGAAUUACGAAUCAGAUAAAACGAAUUCGCAAUUAUAUCCUCAUAUUCCAACAGAACUAAGAUUUGCAGUAGAAUAUAAGGGCAAAACAUAUAGAAUGGCUGGACCAAAUGAAUUGGAAAAGUUUAUGAAUGAUCCGGAGCGUUAUAUUCCACCAAACGCACCAAGAACUCCACCGGACGAAAUGAAACUUCCCCAGAAAUUUCCGAAGGAUUUGUAUCUCGCAGACUCAACACAUCUCGCUUUUGGUGGAUUUUGUCCAGUGUGUUACGAGGAAUCAUCCCAGAAUUAUGACGGUUUGAAAGUUGGCAAUGAAAAUAUUCUUGCGUUAUAUCGAGAUGAGAUAUACGCUUUCUGUUCGGAGGAAUGCAGAACGAAAUUUAUGCAUCGUCCACAUUUGUACGCCGGGUUGAAACUGCCAAACAAAUUGCCACCAAAGAAGGAGCCGGUGGAAUUGCAUGACUUACCUCUCCCUGGUUAUCUUGAACAAACUGUUGCCAACACUCUCCUUGACGCUCUGGCGGCCUGCUCGAAAUUCCGUCCAAAAUAUCCCUUUAUCAGCCCUGAACGCUCAGCUCUUAUUUAUUUGGCUUUACAGUUGAAAGUACCAGCGUUCUGUUGA